UCGAAAAGCAGAAAGAGAGUGCUGACGUCUGACAGAGAAAGCAAGAAGGCGAGAAAGGGAGGAGCUUGGGAGAAGGGAUAGUGCGUGAUAUAGCCAAUGAUAGAGAUACAGAGAGAGCAAGUGAUAAAGGCAGCGAUAGAGGAAGGGUGGUAAUUUCCAGUCAAGUAGGAAUGGAAAUUGUAGAAUCCACAGCGCCGGUGGCUGAGGAAUGUGAGCUCUCAUUUCCAAGGGGUGGCCCGGUAUAUGUUCCGAAUCUUGUUGGUCCCUGCACUAGGGUUGCUGAGUUUGAGAAUUCUGUCUUCUGUGAACUUGAGAAUCUAGAGGCAGAGUUGCAUCAAGAUGCUUCUGACCUUUGUGAUGAUGAUAUCUCAAUUGAUGGGCUUAAAGUGUAUACGGAAGAGGAGUUAAUGAAUAUGGCUUUGAAGAAAGCAUUCCAGGUUACGGAGAACAAUGAAAAUAAUCCUCCAACGUCGGACCAAUCUAAUGCGGGGAUAGAAGAUGACCACAAUAUGUCAAGCAAUGAUCAUGCUUCUUUAAAUACAAAUAUCUGUGGUACAGGAUCAGAUGCUCCUACAUCAUUUGAGCCAUCAAAUCGAUCAUCUGGAACUACAGCCAACAGAACUAUGACGGGAAAGAUCUCAAGGAGAAGAAGAAAAGGAACGAAUGCUAUAUAUAUUCAAGGUGGUUGUACAGAAAAGGUGGAUGAAGUUGUAAAAAUCAAGCAAAAGCAGGAAGAGGACAAAGUGGCGGUUAGACUUCAUUCAUUCAAUCCUGCUUGCAAGAUCAAUCAAUCUGCCCUCAAAUCAGCUAGAACUGAAACGUUGAGAUCCCUUAGGUCUACAAGUUCUUCCAAAAAGGUUACGUCAGUGGGUCUUCAGGAACACAUACCUGUGCCGUAUCCUGAAGUUGUACUCACUGUGGAGGUUUACCAUCAUGUUCGAAAGUGUGUAAAGGUAACCCAAGAAUUAUUGGUUAUUGGAGGACAGAAUUUAACUGCUUUAAGGGACAAGAUCUUUUGCUCAAUGGAUCAGGUGAUGCACAAUGCUGGACAGCAUGAUCCUUCUGGUUAUUUUCUCAUUGAAGAUGUAUUCUACGUUGAUAGGAGGGAUCCGUCUGCUAUUGAUUAUACCGUACCCAUAUUUGAUUGGCUUAGAAACUCCAAGGGAGAGGCACAAGAAAAAUGGGAAUGUAUAAUAACUGGAGAGUUAAGGAAGAAACAGAAAGCAAUCAUGGGUGAAGCAUCUGUCUCACGCUUGCCUCACUUUACAUCUAUUGACAUGCAGAAGAUACGCGUUCGUGACAUAAGAUUCCGACUUGGUGCUGGAUUCCUCUACUGUCACCAGGGAGACUGCACUCACACACUAGUAAUACGAGAUAUGAGGUUGAUUCAUCCUGAUGAUGUGCAUAAUCGAGCUGCUUAUCCAAUAGUUACUUUCGAACUAAAGUUGCGUUUUCAGAAAUGUAAUGUUUGCAAGAUAUUCAGAGCUACAAAGGUCAUUGUGGAUGACAAAUGGACGCCAAAAAAUCCUUGCUAUUUUUGUGAUGAAUGCUUUUCGCUUCUUCACAUAGCAGAGGAUGGCUCUCUUCAUUAUUCUGAAUUUCUGGAGUAUGAUUAUCAUCAUGAUUAGUUGCCCUCUGCCCUGAACACUGCAGGACGUUUAACUCGUCAACUGCUACAUGGGAUGUCAUGAUCAUUGCUUGGAAUUUCUAAGAGUUCCAGUCAUCUGUUUUGCAAUUCAUAAGAGUUAAUGAAAUGAUUUGUUUUGGUUUGCAAAAUCUGAAGCAUCUAUUCAACUGCACAUGGACUGGAUGCUUAGAGCCUCUAGUUAAAUUCACAUGCAGAUGGCUUGUCAUUUUGGAACCUCUUUUUGUUGCUUUGGAAGCUAACUUUAAUAGAGUUCCAUGGCAGUGGAAAUGAUAUAGGUGCGUAUUUGAAUUAUCUUGUAUAAUACUGUCUGGACAAAGCAUCUUACUGCAAAAGAAGGAAAUCAUGCUAGGCCAGAAACUUGUGGAUCCUUAUUACUGGGGUUUUUGUACUGUGUAUACAAGAGAAUUUUGUUUAGGAAUGACAUGUUAAUAUUUAUAGGAGACACUGAUCCGUCUGCAAUUUUUAAUAUCAUUUUUUAUUUUUGUCCUCA